AUGGAAGUUUGUGUGUCUCGAAGCGGAGGUGCUUCCAGACACUUAGGCCCCCCCCCACCCUCUGGUUCUCCUAAGUGCCUCCCACCCUCUGGUUCUCCUAAGUGCCUCCCGCCCCCUGGUUCUCCUAAGUGCCUCCCGCCCCCUGGUUCUCCUAAGUGCCUCCCGCCCCUUGGUUCUCCUAAGUGCCUCCCGCCCCCUGGUUCUCCUAAGUGCCUCCCGCCCCCUGGUUCUCCUAAGUGCCUCCCGCCCCCUGGUACUCCUAAGUGCCUCCCGCCCCCUGGUUCUCCUAAGUGCCUCCCGCCCCCUGGUUCUCCUAAGUGCCUCCCGCCCCCUGGUUCUCCUAAGUGCCUCCCGCCCCCUGGUUCUCCUAAGUGCCUCCCGCCCCCUGGUUCUCCUAAGUGCCUCCCGCCCCUCUGGUUCUCCUAA